AUGAGUGACGAAAUUAAAUCCAAUGUUGAAAAAGCUAUUGCCGAAAACCAUGUAAUGGUUUUUAGUAAAAGUUAUUGUCCUUAUUGUAAUCGUACUAAACAAACCUUGAAGGAUCUUAAUAUAAAAUUUGAAGCCUUGGAACUGGAUACGAUGGGAGAAGAUGGGCCGGCAAUCCAAAAUUACCUUUCUCAAAGGACUAAACAAGUAACUGUUCCAAACAUCUUUAUUGGGCAAAAACACAUUGGUGGUAACCAAGAACUUCAAGAACUUCAUUCAAAAGGAGAACUUACAAAAUUAGUGGAGACCACAAAAGCUUAG